GAUACAAAGAUGUUAUGCUUCACAGUUUUGUUUUUGGUUGUUUUGCUGUCAGUGAAACAUGGAUUCUGCACCUCUAUACAAACAGGCACAAAGGAUGUUAAGAGGUCUCUAAACCUCGGGACAAACUUUGAACAUUUAGAGAAAUUAAGGAACAGGUCCACGUAUGUUGCGAGGAGCUGUAAGGAGAUCAUAGACAGAUACAAUGAACAUGAAGAUGGGUUGUACUUCCUGACCACUGCUAAUGGCAUGGUCUAUCAGACUUUCUGUGAUAUGACCACAGCUGGAGGCGGCUGGACGCUGGUGGCGAGUGUCCAUGAGAACAGCAUCUAUGGACGGUGCACAGUGGGAGAUCGCUGGUCCAGCCAACAGGGUAACAAUGCUAACCUACCAGAUGGAGACGGAAACUGGUCCAACAGAAACACCUUUGGAGCAGCAGAGGGCGCCACCUCGGAUGAUUUUAAGAAUCCAGGCUACUAUGAUAUCAUGGCAGAAGACAUAUCUGUGUGGCACGUUCCCAACAACGUCCCACUGGAGCACUGGAACCUGGCAGCCAUCCUCCGCUACCACACUGAGACCCACUUUCUGCGCCUGUAUGGAGGAAACCUCUUUCAGAUGUUCAUGCAAUAUCCAGUAAGAUACAACGUUGGCUCCCCCGGCAACAGAGGGCCAGCUAUUCCCAUUGUGUAUGACCAUGGAGACAAAGAGUCCACCAAAAAUUUAUAUGGACCCAAUCCAAGAGGGGAGUUUGAACCAGGUUUCAUCACAUUCAGAGCAAUAAACAAUGAACGUGCAGCCAUGGCUAUCUGCUCCGGGGUCAAGCCGGUCCGUGCUUACAACACUGAACAUUACUGUAUAGGGGGAGGGGGCUAUUUCCUCACUGAUCAAUGUGGGGACUUCCCAUCAUUUGACUGGGACAGAUUGGGAAGGGAGCAAGGCUGGAGCGCCUCCAAAGAGAUGACUGAGGCUGCUGUUUUACUCUUCUACCGCUGAGAGGACUAUUUGCACAUGCACAGCUAUGGAUUUUAUGACAUGUCAGCCUAGCCAACAAUCACAGUUGAAGACACAGCAUGUCUUAUGUUACAAAAACAAGACAUGUGUUUCUGCAUAUGCCCAUUAAAGAAAACAACUAAUAUUA